AUGGAGCCCGACUUCUCACAUCACAGUAGUGAAGCCAAUGAGAGUGUGGCAUUGGACAAUUAUGGAGUUUCUGCAAACAAUAAUACACUGGUAACAGCGGGCUCACUUUAUCAGACCCAAAUUAACCUUUUGGAUCCAGCAUUACAGCUGGAGGACCAGGAUGAGGAACUUGAAAAGUCUCUGCUUAGUCAAGGAAGUUCUCUAAUGGAACUGUACCCCAGCAUGGUCAGUAAAAUAGGGAAAGCCUGGCACCUUGCGGAAGCUGCUAAUUCGGUGCUACGGAGGUACCGCAAACUGAGACGUUCGUCUAAUAAAAGGAUAUCGAAACACACCUUAAAUCUCUCAUGGAGGCAAACUGAAAGUGAGCCAAAUAGGAAGAUCAGUCCCAGAGCAAACUUCAAAAUAUCUCCCAACAGUUCAAUAAAUGCAAACUACUUGCAAAAAUCACACAAAUCGAAUAUAGCAGCCCCCUUCUCUCCCUUGCGUCCUAUCACCAAUCUACAUGAUUCACAAGCAAACAAGCAGUCUCCUGAGAGAAAGAUACACAUAAUGAAGACAGAAGAGUCCCAUUCUGCUCAAAGGAUUGGACUCUCACAGAAUUGUUCUGAAUUGCAGGACAUGAUACUGAAUCAAACCUUCGAAGUUUCUCAGAUGUCCCCCAGAUCCUGCUCAUGGAAAAGAGAACCGUCACCUGCCCCCAAUGCCAGUCCAAUGAGAAUUUGUUUUCCCAAAACUGAUGCCUUUAUGGAAACAUCUCCAAACUGUGAAAGGCUUACUCUCUCCACACAUACACCUCAAAAGACUCGGUAUGAAAUGGAAACCUUUCUCAGGAAGUGUCCUACCAUCCUGCACUCUCCAGUCGGACAAAGUGUCUUCAAAAGUAGGUGGACGACUGCCGAAGACAAUGAUGGAUCUCCACUUUACCUGUCCAGAAACCCCAGGCCACCUGUCCAGACACCCCCUGGAAUGGUUGUGACGAGCUAUUCCAGGGGACCUGAGAAACCCAGAGCUUUGAUUGAAUCUCCUGGCUUCUCUAGCCAGAGGUCUGUUAUGUCACCAAAAAGACUAUUCAUUCAAGAAGCAUCUCAUUCCUCCCAGUCAAAGGUCCACUCACCUCGGUUAUCCUCAAUGGCGGGUGUUCAUGCUCCCCUUUACUCUCCAUGCAAGGUUAGCAGUGUCUCCAGCCCCCCCAUAAAACUUGAGGAUGAGUUUCAGAGACACUACCACAAGUUGGUCUGCCUGGACAAAUCAUCUCUGCCUGGGACUGUGCCCUGUAAUUUAUGUGCUGGGAGCUUUACAGCCAACAGAGGCCAUUCUUCUUCAGCUUUGGCAGCUCUUGCCCUGUCUCCCCACCACUCCCGUCUGAGGAAGCGCUACAUAGACUUGGACUGGGACAAGUCUCCCAACUCCAAGCGUUCCAGGCAGGGACACUGUCCCUACUCUCCAGGGUCUCUCCGCUACAAGAGAGGAAUGCUGAGAAUACAGGAUCACUCCAGCAGCAGCCACCUCUCUUCCACAGCAACAGCGGUAUCUCGCAGAAGCCUCUUUUCCAUCCACAGUAAGCUGCCACAGCUGAAGUAUUCAGCCUCAAGCGGCCCUCAAGAAUCUCGGCUCAAGAAUGAUAGAUGGUAAAA